AUGUUUGCCAGAACGCUGCUGCUGCGCACGGCUUCCAAGGCCCUCCCCCCUCGCGCCACGCGCCCCACGCCGCCGCCCCGCGCCCGCGCCGCCUCGACGCGCGCCUUCCACAACGCGAUGUCCUCCAAGCAGCUGAUCGACGCCACCGCCGCCUUUGUCGGCGCGUGGGGCGCCGGGCCCGGCAGUGAGGCCAAGCUGCGAGAGCUGCUCUCCCCAGGCGUCCUUUUCGAGCCGGAUGGCGUCGUCUUUAGGCAGGAGCUUAAAGGCGCUGACAGCGUUGUGGCCGCGAUGCAACGCCAGCACGGGCGCCUGGCGCACCGCCGCUACGACGCCGUGGCGGUGGCUUCCAACCCUGAAGAGCGCACCGCGUUUGCAGCGGUGGCUUGGGAGUACAGUGACAACAACGGGGAGCAGGGGCAGCCCAGCCGCGGCAUGAGCCUGAAGCAGCUUGUAUUCGAUGAUGAGGGGCGCAUCUGCGCCACCCGCGUGGUGCGGCAGAUGACGCAGGAGGAGAAGAAGGAUCUGCUGUCAGACCCGUCUGCCUGCCACGCCGCCGACCUCUGGGCCGAGGUGCUGCCGAGGCUGGAGGGCGGCGGGUCCAGUGCGCCAGCGGGCGGCGACGAGGCCGCGCAGCACGACAAGAUGAUGAACGCCCUGAAGACGUGGGACGGCGCGUGGGGCAGCGACGGCUGCGACGCGUCCGGCCUGCAGGCGGUCUGCAGCCCCAACCUGCGGGUCCUGGACGGAUACGGCCUGCAUGGCAGCGGCACCAGCUAUGGCCUGAAGGAGGCUCAGGAGAUGGUGUCGUCCCUCAGGAAGAAGAGCGAGUCCGCCACCUCCAUCGUGCACCUCGCAGUCAACCCCGCGGCCAGGGUCGGCUUCAGCCGCUGGGAGGCCAACGCCGCUGGCAAGGGGGACCCCGGUCUGGGGGCCGACGCGCUGGUCAAACUCGGCGGCCUGGACCUGGCCCUGUUUGACCAGGAGGGGCGCAUCGAGCUCCUGGUGCAGUUCACCAUGAAGCAGUACCCCCAGCUGGCCAUCCAGUAA